AUGGUGAUCCGUGAUAAAGUAGCCGCUGAGGUUGAGAAUGCCGUAAUAGCCUGGCAGACCUCUACCUCCCAGUUAGCAGUUGGAAGUAAUUGUCAGUUACAUAUGGCGUUUUCAGCUGCCAGACGAGCCCUGUAUGCGGCUGAUACGGCCUUUUUCGACCAUACUCUACUUGAAUUACUCUACUUUCAGUGCGCCUUCCGAUAA